UAUUUUAUAUUGUUUUGGUUAUAUUUGUUUCAUUUUUAUAGUGGGUAUAUUUUGAGUUUGCCAUGAAUUUCAUAACACCCAGAAGUAAACGUCGGAUACCCUUUAAAAUAUAUAUAUAUAAAUGAUCAGUAUGAUGAGCUGCAACAAUUUAGAUAUUUCUAUCUGCCAGUCCAUUUGUCCGUAUAUACGUGACUACUAUAAUGUAUAGUAUAAGAAUCGAGUUCUUAUAUGGUAUCUUUUUUAUUUGAAAAGGAUAUUAAAGCGUCUGUGCAACUGAAUUUAAGAUUUUCCUUGUUUUUUAACCAACAGACAUCAUAAAAAAUAAAUACGCAGUUUAAUUGGAGAAAUUGUCAUUUCUAAUAUUCAAAAUAUUCCUAUAGGUAUGUAUAUAUACAAAAAUAAGUAUAAGUAACAUAAAUGCGUGGCCAGGAGAAUGUUGAAGCUUAUUGGUUUGCUGGUGCAAUUGCCAAUACCACUGCACAAAUCAUAACACAUCCAAUUGAUUUGGUGCGAAUGUUGGUUCAGUCAAAUGCUAAAAAAGUAUCGUCACGUGAUAUUGUUAAAGAAAUAUUGGAAAAACAAGGAAUCUUGGGUUUCACCUUUAGCUUGCGAACUGCAACUCAAAGACAAAUUGUCUAUUCGAUAAUGCGUUUUGGUYUCUAUGAAAUGGGAAAACGUGCAGAAAGCUCGGAACAUUUCUUUCAUAAAGCCACAGUAGCUGCAGAAAGUGGAUUGGUCGCAGGUUUCUUUGUCACGCCUUUCGAGAAAAUGAAUGUGCGCAUGUGUACAGAUAUUAUAAAAUCGCCGGAUAAAAGCCGAAAGUACUCAUCGAUCUUUAAUGGAGUCAUAAGUUCGUAUAAAAAAGGUGGAUUAUCGAAAGUGUACAGAUGCGCCUUUAUAUCCUCGGUGCGCGGAAUGCUUAUGUCAGUGGGGCAGUUGGCGAUUUAUGAUGAGCUGAGAGAAGUAUUUUUCAAGACGGAGCGAUUUAAGGAAAACUGGCAUUCAUGCUUUAUGGCUUCAUUGAUWGCGGGUGGGGUAACCACAAUAAUAAUAACACCCGUCGAAGUGGUUAAACUAAUAUUUAUGGAUGCAAAYAGAUAUCAAUAUCGCAGUAGUUUGGAUGUAAUGCGUAUGCUUGUACAAGUCCACGGUUAUAGGGGAUUUUAUCGCGGAAUAUUUGUUUCUUUUCUGCGAAUUGUGCCGUCUACUUUGUUAACUUAUUUACUCUACGAGUGGAUAUGUCUGGAAUUCAAUUUAGGCAGUUGAGUAUUAAAAUGUGUCGCUUCCGAGCAAAACAAAUAACAGUGCUUGAACAGGUUGUUUUAGAGAUUAGUUUUUURAAAAGCCACACCAAUGGGUAACCGGAACGGAGCCGAAAUCGUGCCAAAAUUAUUUCUGGAAUGUUUUCUGCUUUUACAACAACAACAAAAAUAUUUAUACUACAAUAUUAAAAACAAGCCAAA